UGCGUACUGCGUGUGUACGUACGGUAGUGUUCACCCGGUCAGUUCUCCUUGAACACUGACUGGUUCCUUCAUGUCUGUGUUGAGGGGUUUUCAACUCCCCAGCAAGAAUGUUGCAGAUGAAGAAUCGUUUAAAAUAUUGCUCUCUAGCGAUCGCUGCGAACAGGCUUGUUUCUGGACCGCCGAAGAAGAACCCUGUUGUGUUUAUGGACAUUGCAGCUGACGGAGAAUUCAUUGGAAGAAUUAUUAUUGAGCUCUUUGCAGAAGUGGUUCCUAAAACAGCAGAGAACUUCCGGGCGCUUUGUACAGGAGAACAUGGUUUUGGAUAUAAGGGUUCUGUGUUUCACAGAAUCAUCCCUGAGUUCAUGUGUCAGGGUGGAGAUUUCACUAAUCAUAAUGGCACGGGUGGAAAAUCUAUUUAUGGAAAGAAAUUUAAGGAUGAGAAUUUUAAGCUGAAACACACCUUACCAGGUGUGCUGUCAAUGGCAAACUCUGGGCCGAACACAAAUGGAUCGCAGUUUUUCAUCUGCACCGCAAAGACAGACUGGCUCGAUGGCAAGCACGUUGUGUUUGGUCAGGUCACAGAGGGCAUGGAAAGCGUUUCUCUUAUGGAGACCUACGGUUUACAUGAUGGAGGAACUGUAAAGAAGAUUGUCAUCACAGACUGUGGAGAACUCAAAUGAUUGUGGACUUCUAAACGAACAUGUUCAUUUUGUAUGUGUAAUAAAUUAUUGGUUUAUAUUGUUAA